AUGCUAUUUUCUUUCUUUGUGUUCAAUUUAAAAAUAUUUGUUCUCUCUCACAUCUUUCCUUUAUCUUUUUUUUUUCCUUCGUCUUUUGUUUUCUCUUGUCCUCUUUGUUGUCUGUCUUGCUUCCGUGUUACUAGUCUCCCUGGUGUGGAGGAAAUUACUCAGUUGAUUACGUUGGACAUUUCUCACACUAAAGUGGACACAGAGUCCAUCCGAUCUUUGAGUAAUCAUCCGAACCUGCGGUAUUUGAGCCUUGCUCACACAGACAACAUCAUGGGCGACCAAGCCUUAGCUUAUCUCAAAUGCUUAAAAUUAAAAGAGAUUAAAUUGCCAAACCGUCAUCGAACUACAGAUGUAGGUAUUUUGCACCUUGCAGAGAUUCCCCUAUCAACCCUUGACCUCACAAAUUACAUUAAUGUUGGCAAUACAGGAAUGGCUGGGGUUGGCAAGAUCCAUACUUUGAAAGUCCUUCUAUUGGGUAAUACUAAAGUCACUGAUGAAGGUGUAAAUGCAUUGAAAGAUCUUAACCACCUUGAAAUUCUCUAUCUGGACAGGACUAAAAUAACUAAUCAGUGUGCACCUGUUUUUAAAUCUUUUCCAAAGCUGUUGGAAUUGAGUCUUGCAUCAACCAUGAUUUCGAGCACUUUCUUGACAAGUGGCCAUCUAAACAGCUGCACUCAAUUGGAAAGACUCAAUUUAAGCCGGACUCGAAUUGAUGAUCGAGGCCUCGUCUGUCUUCGCCUCCGGCUACUGUCCUUGCUCAAUCUAGAUGGCACACGGGUGCGGCCCACAGCAGUGUCUGAGCUGACUGGCUGCCCCCACCUACAGCGGGUCACUCUCAACAAUCUCGUCACUGUCAGCGCUAAUGAUGAGGAUGCAGCAGCUGGUAGCGAUGAAGAGCAGAACCCCCAGCAAGAUGUAUAG